GCAGGAAGGAGGACGGAGGGGCGAGCGGCUUGCGGGGAGUUCGCGGCGGCGGCGAGCGGCGCCUCCCCCCGUCCCCUCCGGCUGCUCCCCGCGGCCCCGGCGCCCGCCCGCUCCCUCCCUCCGCCGCCCCGGCCUCUGCGCGCCGCCCGCCCGGGCCACGCCGGAUCGCGACGCCCUGCGGCGAGGGCGGGCGGCGGCGGCGGCGCCUCAUCCCCAUCCCGCAGCCGAAGAGGCGGAGGAGGAGGCGGCGCUGACGCAGCAGCGUGGAGCCCGGGACUCGGGCGCCCCGGGAGGGCUCCCGUCGCUGGAUCUCUCCCCAGCCGGGGCCUGCGGCAGCCCCGCGGCGCAGGAGCGCGCCCCGGAUUGGACAUUGAUCCUAUGACGCAUGCCCGGAAGAAACAACUUUUCCUUCUGAAACAUCCAGCUGGUUCUGCUGGCCGAGCUUCAUCACCAACAGGCAGCAGGAGGAUGGACAGGACCAGCGCGGAGUGUGGAGAGCAGCGAGAUGGAGAUGCCACCGAGGCUCCCAACUGUCCCAGUGGGUUUGUGGGGCCCAACAAAAGUAAGACCCUGCAUGAGGUGCGAAAGACGUACCCGCUGCGGAGGCGGCUGCUGCCCUCCGUCAACAAGAAGACCUGCAAAGUGCUCCUCACCAGGCUGGAGGACGUGGCAGGAUCCCUGUCCAAACAGACCCAGAGCUGUAAAACCAAGGACCUGCCCAGCUGGAUGGAGGGUUUGGGACCUGCUUUGUUCUCCGAACAAGUUCAGCCUGUGGGAGCAGGGAAAAGUGAUUCAUCUGGGGAAAAGUGCACAAUCACUUAUCCAGGGACAGAGCAAGACCUGGAUCCUGCUCCGUCAGAGCCCCGGAAGCGCCGGUUGGCCUCGCUGAACGCCGAGGCUGUGAACAACCUGCUCUUUGAACGGGAUGAUGGCUUGUUGUCCAGCAGGCGAUUCCGGAGGGACUCCGUUAAAACCAGUGCAGACUGUGCUGGUAAGAGUUUGCAAUGCAAAGCUGGGGACAACUGGCCCGCGCUGGAAAAACCAGCUGUGAAAGCAGGUAAAGGCAAACACCGGCAUGAGCCCAGUCAGAAAUGCAAUAGUUGUGACCAUUCGCUGGAUGAGGUCUUUGAUGAUGGGACAAAGAGGGAGGAUGGUGCCAUCUCCCAUCAUCCCACCCCAAAGAGACUGGCCAGCCUGAAUGCUGUGGCCUUCCUGAAACUGACCCAUGAGAAAGACCAACCCUUGAAGCCCAGGAGUAAAUUGGAUGGAGAGGGCAAAUCCGAGAACCACUGUUCAAAAUCCACACUCAAAUGGGCUAAAGCCGCUAGGAAGAAUUGUGUGAAAUCCAAGAAGGAAUUGGCAAGCUUAAAACUGGAAGGUCAGCACAGCUGGCCAGGACAUGCUCUGGGUGCUCUGGGAAAAGGGGAGCAGCGGGACUCCUCGAGGCUCUAUGGGACAACAGAACCUGUCCCUUACGAGUCACUGUCCAGCUCCUAUGCUAGCACCAAGGGUUUCUACCACAGACUGCCUUUGCUUAUGGGUGGGCAAGCUUCCAUGAAGCCGGAGUAUGGAAGACCUGGAGAGAAAUCCCCGACUCCCAAACAGGAAUUUCAUCAGCCUUCCUUCCCCGUGCAGCAGUUCCCUCCUUUGCCAGUGCCUGGAAAUCACACGGAUUGUGGAUGUCUCUAUGAAUCCUCGGAUCUGACUCCCUUGAAUGGGUUUUACGUUUAUUAUGGCCAAAGUGGAUACAGUGGCUACUCUCACUGCUCCAUUUACCCCAAGGAGGAGCUUUCGCAGUCUGCCACCUGCGAGGGGCUCUUGGUAUCACCCAGUUCCCUGCCGUCAGGUGCUCACUUCCAGCCACUGCACUGGUGUAACUCUCCGUACUGCUGUGGAGAAGGGACGGCGCUGAACACUUACAGCCUCUGUGGGGUCGUGCACGUGCCCGAGGGCAGGAUCAGCAGCGUGCACGCAGGACGGAACAGCUACCCCUACAAAAUGCCUUUUGCAGCAGAAGGCUGCAAGUCUCUGGACCAGCUGAACCUCACAAUCCCUGUGGCAGGGCACCCCGCGUCACCUGCCCACCCGCUCUCAGGAUGUCCUGUACCCAGCGUGCCACCAGCUGCAGAACCCGUUCCUCAUCUGCAGACCCCUAACUCUGACCCUCAGACCAUGGCCCGAGAAUGUCCACAGAGCUCAAAGCCUCCCAGCGGCUCCAAAUCCGGGCUCCGGAAUACCACGGGCUGUCUCCACGCCUCGGACAGCAAAGCAGCAGGAGGCCAUUCCCACCCAAAGCAGCAGCGCAUCAGCAGGAGGAGAGCUACCAACGGCUGGAUUCCCGUGGGCACAGCCUGUGAGAAGGCUGUCUAUGUGGUGAAUGAACCAGAGCCGGCUGUUCGCAAGAGCUACCAGGCUGUGGAGAGAGACGGGGAGAUCAUCCGGGUGCGAGACACUGUCCUCUUGAAGUCAGGACCCCGCAAGAAAUCCAUGCCCUACGUGGCGAAGAUAUCGGCACUGUGGGAAGACCCCAAGACAGGGGAGCUGAUGAUGAGCCUCCUGUGGUACUACAGACCAGAGCACACGCAGGGGGGCCGCAACCCCAGUAUGCACCAGAAUGAGAUCUUCGCAUCCCGGCAUCAGGACGAGAACAGUGUUGCCUGCAUCGAGGAGAAGUGCUACGUGCUGACCUUCGCAGAGUACUGCAGAUUUUGUGCCUUGGCAAAGCGUCGAGUCGAAGGGAUCCCGGGCAGGAAAACCAUCAUGGUCCCUCCCUCGGAGGAGUAUUCCACCCCCCUGCACCGCAAGGUGCCCGAGGACACCGACCCCGAGCUGGUGUUCCUCUGCCGUCACGUCUACGACUUCAGACACGGGCGCAUCCUGAAGAACCCGCAGUAGCACGUUCCCCAUUGGAGCGCGGGCAGGAGGAGCAGCCCCGGAAUGCCGGCCCAGGCGGAUGAUCCGGGAUAUCCGAGUGCUCCUGAUGCCCUCCCUUGUGCUGCUUGCAGACGAGAGCGCCCAGCGCUCGUUCCUCGGACUGAGACGCGUGUGCAGGAGCGGAUCCCUGAGGAGGAAGGCAGCAGUUGAAAGCACAGCACUUCAUUAAAAGCAUAAAUGAAUAUAUACGUAUAAAAUAAAUAUAUGUAUAUAGAUAUAGGUACUUGCAUAUGUAAAUCUAUAUCUAUAUAUGUAUCUAGAGAUGCAUAUAUUGGGAGGGGUUUGCAGGGGAUGAAAGCCAGUAACUGAAUGCAGAGCCAUCGCUGGUGGGAUCGGUGGAGAGGUGCAGGAGGGAUGCUGUGGUGCGUUGGACAAGUCAAGCUGUGACAGCUCUGUGUUUCAGUGCCCUGACGUGAAGUGGGAGGACUGAGACCUUGGCAGAGCACAGGAGAGUCCCCUUUGUCCUGCUGUGAGGAUUCCCAGUGGGUGAGAGCUGCUUCAAAAUACAGCCGUUGCUUUGGGAGCUGCCUGGAUGCAGUGGCCUUGUGUCAUGCUUGAAUGAGUUUUGCUCCAUCAGAGGAAGAGAUGACCCUGUUUUCCCUCGUCUUUCUCCUCCCUCGUCUCCCUGUUCUGUCUUUCACCGCCUGGACUGGGGCCUGGCAGCCAGGCUUGGAGACCUGCCCCAUGGCAGAGCAGAGGGAGCUGCAGGAUCAGAGGCUUCACAUCCCAGAGCGGUGUUACAGAGAGCUGCACCCCUGUCAGGGUGCCCAACCUCAUCCAGGAGGACCUCCUGCCCCAUAAAGCCAGCUCUGAAGCUGGGAGCUCACAGAGUGGGAUCUGCUGGUGAGAACCGUGUUCCCUUCCAACUGUUGCUCUUCCUCCAGGGGCUACAGUGCUAGAAGUGGGUUUACUCUCUCUUCCCAGUUUGUUUCCCUGUAACAUCAUUUUCAGUUCCAGUUUAACCCCACGUGGUUCCGGUGUGAAGCAGCUGGAGGGGAAAUGACAAACCCUUUCCUUGUGUGUUCUUGGCUUUUUUCAACAUCACCUGCUCCCCUCAGUGACUGUCCUGCCCUGGGUGUCCUGGGAAGCCAUCAGGAGCGCUGCCUUGGAGCUCUCCCCCUCCAAACCCAUCCUGGUGUCCGAGCAAGCUCACCAAAGUGGCUUUGUGGCUCCCGAAAGGAACUGAGCAUUGGUGAAGGUUCACAUGGGCACAUGCAGCCCGAGCCCCACAGAUAUUGCCUCUUGCCUUACGUGUACAGGUCCUACAUAGACCUUGGUUUAUCUUCACACCAACUGUUGGAGUCGAUGCUAAAGUAAACCAAAGGACAGUGUCACAGUCUGAGUCACUCGCACCGAGCUGGGCGGCCGCGUUUCGAUUGCACUAACAUGAAGAAGGAGGAUUGACACCAUCUCAGCCCAUGUUCCUGCUGCCUGGAGUCACUCAUUGAAAGUAGGGAUCUGCAUCUUUCCAGCCUUCUGGGGCUCCUGAACUCGUGUGAAGUGUUCAUACUGCUUUAAUGCUGUCCUGCCAGUGGAAGCAGCACUACCUGGACUCCUCAUGGAUGCAGCACACUGGGCUCGUUGGCUCUGACCACUGCAUCCCACCGGGCCUGGAGAGAAAACCCCACAGCAAGUCCAUGACAUGGAAGUGGUUUAACCCAGGAGUUCUCCAGAGAUCUGCUCUACAUACCAAAGAGGGGAACGUGUCUAGAAGACGAUGACUGGAGAGGAGGUGACACGGUGGGCAAGCAGGGCAGGCACCUCCCGGCCAUCGGUGGAUGAUUCCCACUCAGUGUUGCAGAAGAUGCUGGAAAAGCCCCAUUGAUCCUUGCCUGCAAAGCCCAAGGGACAAUACCCAGCUCCAGGAGGUUUGCUCCUUGGUGUGCAAGCAGGAAUUGGCGGGUGAAGCAUCUUAUCUCAUUUAUACCUCAAGAUACUGUUAGUGUCAAAGUAAUUGCUCAGAUUUCUCCUUAACAAUUAACUUGGGCACUGGUGGUCUCUUGGAAGGAGGCGGUUGGGCUGUGGAUGUGGUGGUGCUGUGCUGGGAUGCGAGUCGGGAGCGCUUCUGGGGUGGAAGUGCCAUGGGGAAGGAAGGAGGUGGUGGAGAAAACGGUCUCUGAUGCUGCAGGGAGAGGGAUUGGGGUGGGAGGAUGCUGGAGGAGCAGAGCUGCUCCUGCCCAUUGCGGAUGAGGGGUCAUCAGGGGACGGAGCAGCUACCCCCGGGGCUGUGGUGCACAGCAGUGGUGUGCAAGGUGAUGGAAGCCCUAAAUGCACACGCUUGACUCCUGAGGGACUCCCUGGCACCCGCCUGAAGCAGGGAAGUGCCUGCGGCCGCCUUCCUCUAGGAAAAGUGCCCUCAGGGGCAGGAUGCUCCAAGAACCCACCUGAGCGAUGCUGCACAGGCAGGGCAGGGCUGAAACUAGCCUUGGAACCACAGAAUCCCACUGCAGCUCCAACCCUGGCCCCUCUUCCCCCUCGUCCCACCUGAGUCCUGGCUCCUCUCCACGUAGAAGAGAACUUGUACUUGCCCUGGGGCUGGAGGGCACAAAUCCUGCCUCUCCUCCUAUUAGACCCUGCUUUGGGCCGAGAGUGUUGGUCAAGGUUCAUGUGGUUGCUUAUGCUGUUGUGCGAACAGCAUGUAAAUGAAUGGAAAUGUCUUAUCCAUAAUGAAAAGAUUUCCUGCUUUUUUAAUCUAUUAGAUAUGGAACUAUUUUUUGAACCUGAAGAGAUGCAGUCGGUAGAAUUUAAACGGAAGCCGUAAUACACGUAAAAUCUAUUUUAGUUGAGAAUUUUGUAACAUGCACUUUUUUGUGUCUCUUCCCUGGCUCCCCAGAUCUGUAUUUCUGUGUUUACAGAUGGAAUGGGAACAUUCCCGAGCCCUCCUCCGGUCAGAAAGAGAUAUUAGAAGUAAUUCCUACAAAAUAAAUUUGAAGAAUGGUAUUGAUUUAGAAAACGA